AUGAAAGUGCGAGAAGAACAUGCAAUGCGAGAACAGGUAUGGAUGAGCAGUUUAAGCACAGACUCCGAUCCCAUGUCGGAGGUCUUCGAGAGAUUGGUCUAUAAAUCAUUUUUCAAGGACUUGGUACGGCACAUUGGUUGGCACCAGCAUGGUUUUAUAUCUGGUAGAUCUACAGUCACAAAUUUAUUCUUGUACGUAACCAACCUUAUUGAGAAUAUUGAUAAUAAAUUGCAAGUUGAUGCUAUAUACACAGACUUCUCCAAGGCCUUUGACAGGGUGAUCAGCCGCCAGGUGGCCGCUGAGUCAGACAAUUCAGUCAAUAGACUUAACAGAAGGAACAUAGAGGACAAUAGAGAUGCUAUUGAGGCUACAAACAGUAAUAUCAGAAAAUUAAUUUGCCAAAUAUAA